UCUGGUUGACUCUUUUAUAGUUGUAGUUUGCAAAUAUCCUAUGUUUUUCCAUCCUAUGGUACAUAUUGGCAGGAUCCCUGUUUGACGUGAUGUCACAUUCUUGUCCCAUAGCAGGAUGCUUGUGUUGGGACGCAGUGUUACAGUAGAAUUGUAUCAUGUAAAAUAGGUAUACGCCCAUAUCGACUGUAGAGGUCCCCCCCUUUUACCGAUUGCUUGGCGCACACCUUUGUUGCACCUCCUCUUUUCCACGCAGUGGACGGACAGGGACAGGCUGCGUGUGGACUCGUGUACAUUAGGGAAACACCCAGAACCCCAUCCGAGGGUGAGCUCAAGGAGAAGAGUCGCUUUGAUGGCGAUCAGUGUAACAAAGCAGAAAGAUGCUGCUGCAUUUGAAUUAGUGAGGAUGCUGACGCUGUAGUCUGCGCGUUGUGCCGAGGACAUGCAGCAGUCUUCAGUCCUCUUUCAGCUCACACUGUAGUUACUGUGAAGUCGAGCCUUUCCUCUCCUACUGGGAUUUGUUCUUACUGGAUGCCAGGAUGCCCACUUCUCCUCUCCUCACACUGCUCUUGGCUCAUCACUCUGUGCAGAUGCUCCUGCUGCUUCACGAAACUGGCAGUGCACUGAUCUGAAUCUACUGCUGUGGUGCUGGGUGUGCCGACGACAUACGGCCAGAUGGAGAUGAAAAGGGUUGUUGGAAACAAUGCCACACUGCCCUGCCACCAUCAAUUCUUGGUGGGUGAUGAUCCCACUCUGGACAUUGAAUGGCUGCUUCUCAAGCCAACCAACAGACAAAGAGUGGUGAUCACCUACUUUGCUGGACGUGUUUUUGAGCCAGAUGAAGCAGAGCAUGGCCGAGUAGCCUUUGCUGGAGACUAUUUAAAAGGCGAUGCCUCUCUGCUGAUCAGUGACUUGUCUCUGACAGACUCAGGAGAGUACAGCUGCAAGGUCAAGACUGGUGUACAAUACCACUGGAGUACAAUCAGCCUCAUAGUGCUGGUGAAGCCAUCCAAGCCACAGUGCUGGUUGGAGGGCAAACUUCUGGAGGGAGGUGAUGUUAAGAUGAGCUGCAAGUCUGCGGAUGGCUCUGAUCCUAUUCACUACAAGUGGGAGAGGGUACUGGACAAAGUCAAGUAUGUUGGCAAGCUGCCUCCAUUGGCCAUGAUAGACUUGAAAAACCCAGAAAUUGUGACAUUGAGGAACUUGACAAAGGACAGCACUGGAGUCUACAAAUGCACAGCCAGCAACGAUGUAGGAGAAGAAAGCUGCACGGUGGAGGUUAAGAUGCACUAUGUAAGGGGAAUGGGUGUAGCAGCAGGGGCAGUGGUUGGUGUGUCCUUUGGUGUCCUCAUCAUCAUCCUCAUCAUCUGGCUGGUGUGUCACAAAAAGGAGAUGAAGAAAUAUGAAGAAGAAGACACUCCAAAUGAAAUCAGGGAGGAUGCAGAGGCUCCCAAAGCCAAACUGGUAAAGCCCAACUCCAUCUCCUCAUCCCGCUCUGGCAGCUCUCGCUCAGACACCUCCUCCUCUCAGUCCAUGGUACACAACAUGGGGCCUCGAGGCCAACAAGGCUGUGUUCCUGCUUUGGUGGCCCUCAAAGAAGACUGCCAAGCCUCCACUUUCCCUCAGUCUCCACCUGGCUACAAUCAGACAGUUCCUAAGACUCCUGAUCCCAGUUCAACACCUACUUAUACCUCCAACUCCAAGCCCUGCCCUCCCCCUAAACUGAGUCCUGGGAACCUUACCCGCAUGGGGGCCACUGCUGUUAUGAUCCCUGCCCAAACCAAGGCCUUCCAGACUGUGUAGAAGAAAUAGAGAAAAACUGUAAUCACAGAGAAGAAAAGAACAAGGCAGCCAGCUGAACCCAAGAGGUAGACAAAAAGUAUAUUAUCUAGCUAUAUUCAGAGUUCACAGUCUGAUGGAAAAUGUCACCAGUUUUUCUUCUAGGAACAAGCCUCUUCUGGGGUUGUUCACUGUCAUCUGAACAACAUGUAUAUAAGUAUUGUUUUUAAAGGGGGUGCUGAACCUGAAGCAGCAGUUGGCUGGUAAUGGAAGGAAAUGAUCAUACAAACCCCUGGAAUAACACUCACAUCUACUACAGUAUAUUUUCAACAAUCAAACUAUCUUGAACACCUUCCUACAUAUAAUAAACCACUUUACACCAGUUGUAAAUUAAAAUAACUGCACCUGUGACUAAACUGAUUGAAGUAUUUUCACAUUAGGUUCUUACGGUAUAUAGGUGAAUUGAAUGGCUGUGCUCGUAUAAAAAGAGUUUAUGCAGACACUUCAUACAUCCAUCAAUACCUAUGUCACACAAUGAACAUUGACAUAAAUGACACUGAAUCCCUUUGCUGCUUUCACUGUACCAACUGAAAAAUAAUGUAUGUGUGCCCAUGUGUAUAUGUGCGCAACUCCCGAUUUUCACUACUUUAAGCGCAGAACAACAGGGCUUUAUUUUUGGGAAGCUAGUGGCAUGGAUAGCAAUCACAGAGCACUGACCACUGACCACUGUGGUCGCACUUUGGUUUUUGUGUUAGAAAUAUUACAUUAUCAUAUAUUAUAGGUGGGCAUGAUAUAGAUUGUGACAAUAAUAGACAAUCUCAUUCCCUACUUUUAAUUCUAGGAUUCUAGGAUUAGGAUUCUGCCUGUCAUGAUCACUGACAAUUUGGGAAUCUUGUGGAGAACAUUUCUUAUUGUCUGGGAAGUUUAAAUAGCUUGAGUAUACUGUCAGGAUUAGACUAUGUGUUUUUUAACCAUCUGCCCUUAAAUACCACCCUGGUGCCACAUGUGCAGUUAAAGUAAAAUUAAAAAUCCAAUGUAGUUUUUUUAUGAUGUAAUUUAUUAUUUCUGAAAUUAUUUUUAAUAUUUUAUAUUUUAUAUUUAAUUUUAUGAUUUCAUUGUGUCAUAAGGUCUAAAAGGUCUCACUACAAUGAAAUAGCUACUAUGGGGUCUGAGUACACGAGUACAGUUAGGCUUAUUGGAUCUACAGGUGUCUCAGCUUUCCAGUCAUACCCAAUUUAUGUAACUCCAGGACUGUUUAAGAAAUAAUCUAAUGCACCAUUAUAGGAUAGGGUUAAAAAUAACACAUUUAUACUGCAUGCAAAAAAUAGCAUGGUUUUUGCCCAAACUGCAUGUUAUUCACAUAAAGUGGACAUGUCUGCAGAAGCCAUUUACAUUCACAUAUCUUGUGAUGAGAUGUCAAGGCACCCACUUAAAAAUAGCUUUGCCAGUUUUUCCCUCACCAAUAUUUUGGCUCACUUUGAAGCAUUAUUUAGCCCACUUGCCAACAACCUAGCAUGGCUGGCUUUGUACCAAUGGAUACCUUAGAUCGUCUUGUAUGAUAAUAGUAUUUUCACUCUAGCUAGAUGAAAGACAGUAUUUUGGCAGACAUUGCUGGCUUCCUCAGCAGAAUUCAUGAGGUCAACCGCUUAAAACCCAUGGGGAAGCCACGCCCCCAGCCGAUACAGUCUCUCAGAGCGUGUAGUGGGCUCAGCUUAAGAUACAACUAUAACAAAAGGUGAUUCUCUGCACUAACAGUUAGCUAACGUUAUCUCAUAGGAACACGUGGUCCAGGCUUGCUAACUUCACUGUAUGCCACAUACACAGAAUAUAUUUGACAAAAAGCACCAGAACCAACAUAAAUACUUCUCUUCUAAGUAUUACAAUAUUUUACCUGAUUUAACUUACCUUCUUUAGCAAGCUCCCAUGGUGCUUCUCUCCUUCUCUCCUCCAUUCUUCCUGCCUGCUGCAGCGCUCCGCUUGUUACAUCCGUCAGAAAACAGGCAGAAAAGUAAUCAAAAUAAUCACAAGUGAAGUUUUUUCAGUGAGUGUCUUUUCUGAACAACAGGUAGUGAUGUUACGCGAGACGUCGAGGCUUCUUAGUGUGUGUCAAGUACGCUUUUCUGGUGAAGCACAUGGAAUGCUGGAAUGAAUUAAAUGCCCGUAUUAUGAACAAAUAUUUAUUGAUGUUCACAUCAACCCGUUUCAAAUCAAAACUAAGAUGCUAUUUGUGAGACAGUCUCUCUUUCCCUCAUCUCUUCCAGUCCCAUCCUCACCCCGCUUCUCAUCUCCUCUCACCUCCUUCCAUGAAGCAUUCACACUCUAAUCACGCUCUUUUCUCCUCAUUCUCUUUCCUGUCACCAUCCCUGUCCGGAGCCAGAUGUAACCAUCUUUUGAUGGUGGAAUCUCUUUCUUGGUCAGUGGCCCCAUACGUCAGACUGUUUCGCCUCACAGCAGCUAAAACACAAAUGCACAUGGUUUGAAAUUAACUUUUUGUAUCACCGGCUAAUGUGGCUACUUGAUUUCAAUGGAACUGUUGAAAAACUGUUCCAUUAAAACUAAACCCACGCCCUAUUGACAGACAUUGUAAUGUGAUAUCAACAUGUAGACACUAAUUUUGCAGAUGACUGAAAAUUAGCUUGUGUGGAACUCAGGAGUGCUGCACUCACCUGUGUGGAGGUCAGGAGUGCUGUGGUUACUUAGGUGAAACUAGGGAGUGCUGUGGCCACUUGGGUGGAGCUUGGGGCUGUUUUGCUUCCCUGGGUCUAAUGAAGGAGUGUUGUACGGCCUAGGGAUCUUUGGCACAGUGGGCAAUGUUACUUUCCUGGUGCCUCCCUGCCUAGGGAAAAGAAUGUUCUUGCAUCUAAUGACACAUUGAAUAAUUUCAAGAACUUUUUAUGUGCAUUAUUUAUUCAUGUUGGGCACCACAGAUUAAUGAAAAACAUAACCAAAACACAUACAAUCUUUCGGCAAGUCCCCUCCAUCAUUUCCAAUCAACAGACUGAGGGAGUUUAAGCCUAGCUUCAUUGUAGUCAUCUGGAAAAAUUAUACCAAAAAACAAAAGUAAUUUUAAGUAUUACAUGACAUACCGUUAGUUAAAUUAAAAAAGUAGAGGUGAAAGAUUUUAACUUACAGUACGUGAUGUGAAAAUAACUCUGGCCUUAUUGGGCUUCCAUCUGUCUCCAGAACAUUCUUGGGAUUUUACAAAACUUUAACCUCAAAAGAAAAUGCGACAGCAAUUUACGUUUGUUAACCUGUUGGCUAUUAUGGCCAAAUAACCUCAAGGAUAGUAUUGUAAUAAAAGAAGCAUUAAGUUCUCUCUCAGUGUAUGUCUUCUAAAUUUUGUCAAAACUACCAGAUUUACCCACACAUCAAUCAUCAUUUCAAGCACAGAGCACUGGAAGUAAAAAAUAUAUUUUGGAACUUGAGGGUGAUCAUUUCUAUCGGUCCCUAAAUACCUGAGGUGAUAAACUGACAAUCUUCCGAAAUCUAGAUAUGCCAGUUUUGGAGGUGAGAAAUUAAGAUGGUUUGAACUUUUCCAUCAAGCUUUUUUCUUCAUUUUUGACACAACUAUUUCUGUUGCUUUUCAAGUGAACACAUAAGUUCAACACUAUGAAUGCCUUUGAGGCAAGACUGGCUGAAAAUGUAUGCUCUUAUCCCUAAAACAAUAUCAUGUCUUUACCUAUCCACGAUUCACACUUUUUGUACCCUGACCUCCAGUGUGGCCAUUUGAGUCAGCUUCUAUAGAUUCUAUAAAUGAUUACCAGAAAUACUGGCACUUUUUGUUACAACAACAAUUACAUUUUCCCUUUUCUCUGCUUUUAAACUCAAAUAAAGUAAUUGUGAGUGUUGGGAUGACUAAUUCAUGCUGGUGGCGAUUGCUCCAUAUUAAUAAAGUAGCCAGUAACUAAGGGUUGAAAGCUAACUGUUGUUGUAUGAAGCUAAGCUACUGUUUAGCACAAGGGUUUGUUUAUGUUCACUACAUAAAACUUCAGUUUAAUAUCGACUUUACUAAACCAGAAUUUGACUGUUUUUGUAAUGGUAAAAACUAUUAUUUAAUUUUAUCUCUAUAGUGUUGGCGAUAAUUUGUCCAGUUCGAGUUAAGUUUCACUCUAAUAAUAAAUGUUAAUUUUAUCUGUUAAAGAAACUCUGAAAUCAUGCCAUUGUGCUCAUUUCAGUGAGGAUGCAAAGAUCAAAUGACAAAUUCAAUGAAUACUUGGGUGAUUUUUAAACACUUUUGAUUUCUGAAUGUGGCUGAAAAGCACAUCAUUCAAAGACAAAGUCCAGCACCUGAGGGCUCUACACAACAAAAAACUCUGCCCUUAAUGCCCCCUAAAGCCAGUGGAGCCAGGUCAUUUAGAUGACUGAAUGCAUCUCUUGCAGCCAUUGAGUGUGAUAUGAUGCAGCAUGAUUGAUUAUCUUUGCAUCUUUGCAUUAGGGUAAUUGCUCCAAAAAAGGGUGACAUUUCAAGCAUUACUUGAUCAAUGGAAACAACAGUGGCUUUAUGGCGCAAUGAAUAGUGAAAAGUGAAGCCCUCCAGUGUGUGAGGUGUUUGUUGGUUGUUUCUGGUUGGUUCGGCCAAGCAGCUGCCCUAUUUUUGGUUUGGAUGUGUACAUGUCCAGUUUGUACUUGUUUGGCAUAGCAAACAGGAAGCAAGAUGAGUCACAUUUUUUGGGUUCCUACAAUGCAUACAAUGUAAAUUUAAAAUCUAUGGAGUAAAACCUCCCAAUAAAAACAAUGUUGAUGAUGGUUAUAUGCAUGUUAUAGAUACUAAAUGAAAUUUAUAGAUACUAAAUGAAAUUUGAACUACAAGUUCUGUUGCUUAUAAUAAUGUAGAAAGUAUUCUAUAUACCAUACCAUAUACCAUAUAGUUGUAAUGAUUACAUAAAUCAAACUUUAAAUUCAUAAAUAUUAUAUCUGUUUGGUUCUCCAUUUGAUUCUGGGAUUGUAUUGUAUGAAUUCAAUACAAAGUAAUGUCUUUGUGUAAAUAUGAAAGUUCCUCUACAAUAGCUCACCGUACAAUAUGUACAAUACCAUUCUUCUAUGUUCUCUCUUUCAUGAUAUCAGUGUCUUUUAUUUUGAUGGCCAUAUACUGUAUGUAGUCAAUUGAGUGAAACUUGUAUAUGUGUACAGAAACUCAUCACUGUUUUUUUUUGUUGUUAUUUUUGUUCUCUUUUUAAAAUAAAAAAAAAUAAUGGAGAUGA